CGAAACAACGAUACAAAAGCUGUCAAAAGUGCAGGUUGGCAUCUCCGACGUCCCGAUCCCGACGAAUUGCCUACACACUGCCGUGUCGUUGAAAAAAAAAAAGAAAAACGUAAAAAGAAAAACUAAUUUUUCCACAAUAUCCCUUCUUUGGGGCGUAAAAAGUGUUUUUGUUUAAACUUUUCUUUAUGUGUCUUUAGGAUAUUUAUAAUUUCCGAAAACAUCUUCUAAAACUAAAAAACAAACAAAGAAGAAAAUUUAAAUCAAAUCAAAUUAAAAGCAAACUUAAUCAAAUAACAUGGCUGCAGAAAUAAAACCUGCAUUGAGAACAAUAAGCGAUCGUUUUAGCACCGCUAAGAAACCCGACUUGCUUAGCAAAUUGGAAGGCAGUAACGAUGACGUUAACGCGGCUAUAUUGAUACCGGGAGAAAAUGGAGUAAUUAGUGUAUCUGAUGAUAAAACAAUCAGGGUGUGGCUUAAGCGAGAUUCUGGGCAAUAUUGGCCAUCGAUUUGCCAAUACAUGCCCUCUGGAUGUACGUCGUUGUUCUAUUACGACGACACUAGGCAGUUGUUUGUGGGCCAAGAGAAUGGAACUGUGUCGCAGUACACUCUGUCCGAAGAUUGCAAUCGUUUGUCGCUGGUGCGCGAUUAUCUGGCACAUCAGGCUCGCGUUGUGGCCGUUUUGUUUGCCAAAAUCCAAUCGUGGGUUCUAUCAUGCGCUAAGGAUAAGUUCUUUGCCUAUCACUGCACCGAAACUGGACGUCGUUUGGGUUGCUAUACAUUCGAGACACCAUGUACUGCUUUGCAAUUCGAUGCAAUGGCCAGAUAUGCAUUCAUUGGAGAUUUAGCCGGACAAAUAACGAUGUUGCGAUUAGACGUACAGGGUUCAUCGCUAAUCACCACAUUCAAAGGUCACACAGGUGGUAUUCGUUGCUUGAAGUGGGUCGAAGUUCCACAAUUGCUUUUUAGUGGUGCAUCAGAUCAAUCAGUUAUUGUUUGGGAUGUAGGUGGGAAACGUGGUACAGUCUAUGAAUUGCAAGGACAUAACAAUAAAGUAUCUGCUCUAUCUUAUGCAAAUCACCCACAACAACUUAUUUCGUGUGGUGAAGAUUCAGUUAUUGUACUUUGGGAAAUGAAUGCUAUGCGCAAAGAAGUUCCCGAAUGGAUUGAAUCAAAUAAUUGCCAAUUAUGUUCGAGACCGUUCUUUUGGAAUUUCCGUUCAAUGAUGGAUCAAAAACAAAUUGGCAUCAGGCAACAUCAUUGUCGUCAUUGUGGCAAAGCUGUUUGUGACAAUUGUUCAUCGAAUCGCAUUAACAUUCCCAUUAUGGGCUUUGAAUUUGAUGUGCGUACUUGUGAUCCUUGUUUUAAGAAAUUGCAGACUGUUGAACGUCCGUCUCUUGCAACUUUCCACGAUGCUAAACAUUCGAUUGUUUCAAUUGAUCUCGAUGAGGAUCGUAAGCGUUUGCUUACCGUUGGACAAGAUAGAAUCAUUAAAAUAUGGGAUCUUUCACCAAUCUGGGCAUAAUAUUCACCAAACUGUGAGAGUUUAUCAUCACAAGCACCAACAUCAUCGACACCACCAUCGUCUCCGUCAUCAUCAUCACCGAUCGUUAUUAAAAAACAACAACAUCAAGAAAAAGAAGAAACAGAUAACUUAUUCACUCGCCCAACGAAUAGCCUUGAUGGUAAUUUCAAAAAAUAUCCCAACAUUCAACAACAGCAAAUAUCAACAACACCGUCAAAGGCAUCAACAACAAAUGAGUUUCCUUCGGUUUAUUAUCUUCAAAGAAGAAAUAAUUAGGAAUUAGGUAAAAAAAUGAAUGCUCUUUUCUGUUCUUCUUCUUCUUCGUUUUCUCGGUUUUUGAUUUGCAUUUUCUUAUAACUAAGCAAAACAAAUAUUAAAGUUAAAUUUUAAUCCACAAAAUUUCAGUUGAAUGCGUGUAAUUUACCAAAAUAUUAAAAUAAUCUAUCAAGAUUUGACUGAUUGAGAAUUGUGUAACUGCGCCUAGAAAGCUUUAUUAACAAUUUCUUCUUAAAACUCACACAUUCAAAUUAAUUCUAGUAGAUAUGUACGAAGAGGGUGUUCCAUUACCAGCGCACUUUCAAACCAGAUGACAAUCUCAAUCAAAUUGAUUAGUUAAACAACAAAGACUGAUUCCACUUUGGUUAUCAUCGUGGUUUGAAUUUUUGCUCUGGAAUACUUAUGUACGUACAGAUUUACAUACUUUUUUCAUUUAAGUUUUAAAUAUUAAAUAAAAGAGUAAAUUGUGUUAGAGAAUAGAUUAAACAAACAAAAAUUAUUACUUUUUAUUCUUUAUACACUCAUGGUUCCAUUAAAUGUAUCUAUCUAUCUAGCGAACUAUUAUCUUUUAUUGUUUUUCCUUAAAUCUUUUGUAUGCAUAGCGUUUGUGUAUAAUUGGUUUUCUUUAUUUAGUAAUAAAAUACUAUUAUAUUUAAAAGAAGAAAACAAAAAUAAUAUACAUCUUAUCAUAUAUAUUACUAUUGUGUUAUCUAUCUAAUAAUAUUAUAUUGUAAAUAAUUUAUAAAAUUCUAAAAGAAAAACAAAAAAUGCAUUAAAUGUAUUUUACAAAAAACA